UACCUUAACAGGGCAGGGUUAGUUUCAGUUUCAGAAAUUCAAGAAUUGAAUUUGACUUCUAGGCUAGGACUAGGAAAAUGUAGCUCUACGGGAGCGUAGGCUAUCAUUUGAAGGCGACUUGGGAGGACUUUAACAUUUUGGGCCCGUGGCGGCACAGGAAUAAAGGAAGGACACUUUUGAGUACGAGCGAGGGAGGUGCUGCGGUUGCGAAGUCAUAGCCAUAGCGUAAAUCGGAAAUGCUAAACGUAUGGUCGAGGUAAAAAUGGAUCACCACGAAGAGGAACACUAAUUGAAAGUUAAGGCAACAGUAUCAACGUGAAAAAUAGGUCAUAACCCUCCCAUGCUGUACAAGAAAGCCCAGACAGUAAUAGAGCAUGGACCAGGCCUUUCCCAGCCUCCAGACCCCAGCCACUGGUCCAUUUGAACCCAACACAGGAGAGCUCCAGCUCCGGGUGGACUUCUUCAGAAAGUUGGGCUACUCCCCCAUGGAGGUUCGGUCCGCCCUGCUUAAGCUAGGCCUGAGUACAGACACUAACUCUGUACUGGGGGAGCUGGUCCGCAGUGGAGCCAGCACUAGUACUUCUAACUCAACCAUCCCUGAGAGUGGUGACGAUACUACUGGCCCCACAAGCCACACAGGCUCCAGCAUGGCCUCCUCUAGGACCCAUGGCCCCAAGAGAGACAGACCAGUCCCAUUACUGGAAGACAGGCGGGACACAGACAGUGAACUGAAACCUAUCGUUAUUGACGGCAGCAAUGUGGCCAUGAGUCAUGGUAACAAACAAGUGUUCUCCUGUAGGGGAAUUGAGUUGGCAGUGAUCUAUUUCCUGGAUAGAGGUCACUCAACGGUCAUUGUGUUUGUGCCCUCAUGGCGCAAGGAGCAGCCCAGGCCUGAUGUCCCCAUCACAGACCAACACAUUCUAAUGGAGCUAGAGAAGAAGAAGAUAGUCGUCUUCACUCCCUCGAGACGCGUCGGUGGUAAACGGGUGGUCUGCUAUGACGAUCGUUUUAUUGUGAAGCAUGCCUACGAGUCGGACGGCGUGAUCGUGUCCAACGACACCUAUAGGGACCUGCAGGGAGAGCGUCCGGAGUGGAAGCGUUGUAUCGAGGAGAGACUGCUUAUGUACUCUUUCGUCAAUGACAAAUUCAUGCCCCCAGAUGACCCGCUUGGUCGUCAUGGUCCCAGUCUGGAGAACUUCCUUCGGAAGAAGCCUCUGCUGCCAGAACACAAGCGCCAACUCUGUCCUUAUGGUAAAAAGUGCACCUACGGCGUGAAGUGUAAGUUCUACCACCCUGAGCGCACUCACCAAUCCCACUCCUCGUUGGCUGACGAACUCAGGGAGAAGGCAAGGUUCUCCUCUGAAAAAGAGGACCGGAAUCCCAUGAUGUCACACCUGAGGGGCCCCCAGGCCGACCCGGGACCCUUUCCCUCCUAUUCUCUGGAGAAUGACCUGGAGCACAGGUUGACGUUAGAGCACCGCGGUUCCCUGAGGGAUGGUCCCAAGAGCCAGGUAACUGAGAACAUGUUGCUAUACUGGGAUGGGCCACGCUCCAGUAGGAACCAGCAGGCCCGCAGCCCCACAGCAGUAGGCCAAGGACAGAUGGACUGGCCCAGUAUGCUCUCCCCCUCCACUACUACUGACCUCCCCUAUGCCAGCAUCUCCCAUGAGUGCCUGGACUCUGGUUUUGGCUCCUAUGAGAGCCAAAGCCAGUACUCGGAUGUGUCCCAAGGCCACAGCAAGGUCUUCAGGCCCAUGCAGCAGCAGGGCUUCCCAUCUGGUUCCAGACAUCCAGGCAUACAUCCAGAGAGGCAGGCCCAGGACAGCCCUCAGCCCUGCAGGUGUUUCCAUUUGGCUCCCUCCUCAGGUCCCCAGCAGCAGCACCACAGCAACCCACACCUCGAGUCCCACUCCCAAUCCCAGCUGAGGUAUGACACCUACUCGCCUCCUCUGUUCCCACCCAACAUGCACCACUAUAGCCUCCCCUGCAACUUCCAGCAAGACGGUGUGGGGGCACACCAUUUCCACCCCCAUCAGCACCCCCAGAAGUACUGGUCAGACCCCUUCCAUGGCGGGGUCCCCCAGGCUAGGGCAUCCUGUAGCCUCCCCCCUGGCCACCACCCUACCCCGCAUGGAGCCCCCCACUCAUGCUCCUCUUACAGGGAUCAGCAGGACUCCUGGGCCCAGCCACCUCCACCUUCUGCCUUUGACACAGAGAGAGAGGAGCUCCGUAAGAAACUGCAGGCCAUUUUCAACCCCCACCAGGUGGAUACGGUCAUGGAGAUGUUCCCUCACCUGAUGGACGCCCAGAAGCUGGCCGCAGAGAUCCUCAACCUCAAAUCUCAGAGAGUUGCCUUCUGAUGCCUCUAAGCAUCUUGUCUAAGGGGUUGAUUCAGGGUUGAAAUAAGCUUGCACAACUCUUAACUUCCACGUAAAUCAUUCAUUGAUGUCAAUGGAAUACUUGGGUGAAAAUGUGCCUUGGGUAAUUCUCUUGCUCUUUUCCUUUAAUUUACUCUAACGGUUUGAACUGUUUUGAAUGUGAAAGGGCAACAUUUUGCUGUUGAUGUUGUCCUUCCUUCGCGAUCAUGUGUUUGCAUAGCUUAUGUGAAAUCCAUGACAGGUAGUGUGUUCACAGUUUGGGAGAAGUGUGGAGAAUCGGCAUGAAUCCCCUGUCGUGUUUAACUGGAUUAUUUGAGAUUUUGACUUAUUGAAGUUGUAUACAUUUAUAACAGUGUAGUCAAAUCUUGCCUUUAGACUCAGUACCACGGCAAAAGUGAAUCUAGAGCGUUUGACUGUUGAUGCAUAUUGUAUCAUCAUUUGGGAUAUACGGUAUGUGAUCUCUCGUUUGUCCGAAAUUCAGCUCUCAUGCAAUAAGAAAUAAUUGUCUAAAAUAAUGUCCUUGUCUAAAAUGUCACCUUUUUACUGUUUUUUUAUUAUAUUGUGGUUCUGAUGGCCAUAAUGUAUUUCCUGUCUCAUAGACAAAUAUUCGGUUUUCCAUCUCUUUAUGCAGUGUGGAAUGCAAUGGUAUACCUUUUUCUGUGUAUAAAGCUACGCCCAAAGAGCCCCAACCACUAUACAGUAUCCUUUUAACCAAGAGUAUAUGUGGAAGAAGCUGCCAAAGAACUGAAUGAAUGUUUUAGAAGCACUUUGUCAUCCAAAUGUUCUAAUUCCCUCAUAGACCAGAAUGUGACUUUUUCAGCAAGAUUGAUGGAUAAAAAUGUGUGUACUGUAAUAUGGCUUGUGAGGGUCUCUUGUAUCACCAAAGACUGGGUAAAUCCAAUAGAUCUUUUGAAGUAACUGUCCAGUGUUUCCCGAUUUCUAUGAAAUGUUUUAAGUGGGUUAAAAAGCAGCUUUUCUGUGUUGGAAUGGUGUGGGCGUACCCCAACAGAAUGGUGUGGCGU